GGGGUUGGCUGUUUUGAGAUCUGUCUUGGUGGUUCUGAACUUCUGAUAGUAAAGACAGACUAAGACAGUUAAUAUCCUUGAUGCGUUGUCGCAGAUUAUUACGUACGAAAACUAAUCGUAAGAUAAUCGAUUCUCAAAUCCUACAAAUUAUAUGUUGAAAUUUUAUUUUUAUAUUUGUUGAAGCCAUUGUUAUUUCUGCUGCGCAAGUGCAAGUACAGUAUGGCUUUUUUGGGUUGUCCAACAAAUAACAGUCCGGCGUUGAAUCUGUUGUACGCAAUCCCUGCAGAGCAGUUCGCUCUGGAAGAUCCCUAUGCCAACCACUUGCGUUACAGUUGUGAUUUCAACGUGGAGGCAGGACCUAAAUAUCCGCAGAUCCCGUCGUCUACUUGGACCGUAACAAUCACGAUUGGAGUCAAUGAUGCCAGCAUCGUGGCCAAGGUGGAACCAAAAGGACCAUCCGAAGAGACAACGUCGUCUGGUUCGCUGCUUGUGGAGUGCCGAGUUCGCCGGAAUUGGGUAGGAUCGUGUGACACUGUUGUGCAAAUCGAUGGAGAUGGCUGGACCACAACUGCUGCGGAGCCAGAAGAUCUUAGUGGACUUGUAACAAUGACAUCUCUGCCUUGCGGAAAAAAACAGUGCGCUCUAAAACAGACGGCUUUCGUGAAUGUGGAUUUGACAUUCCACAUUGACACGGAAUCUCUAAAUGCUGCGGUUAAUCGUGCCGAUUUGAAACAUCUUCUGGAUUCCCAACUGCUCUCGGACUGUACUUUGAUUUGCGAGGGACAUCAGUUCUCCGUUCAUCGCGCCGUUCUGGCUAGCCAGUCACCCGUCUUUGCCGCCAUGUUCCAGAACGACAUGACGGAGAAAUCCACGGGAAUCUGCAACAUUAAUGACAUGAGCGCUGAAGACCUGAAAGCCAUGAUCCGGUAUGUGUAUACACGAGCGGAUCUGGAAAAACAUUCCAGUUUGAUGAAGCUGUGGAUGGCGGCUGACAAAUACGACAUGGCGGAUCUGCGCGCUGAAUGUCUGUGUGUGAUGCUGGAGGCGGUUAGUGAGGCGCCGGUGGACCAGGCAUUGUCUUAUUUGAACUUUGCGCACGAGCAUAACCUGAAGAAGCUCCGAACCGCAGCGGCCCGAGUGGUCAGCAUGGACGUGGACGAUUCCUGAAUGAGCCUGACAUGUAUUACAGUCUGUACAGAAAACGCUUUCUUAGCCGUUGUAUACGCAAAAAGAUCUGAUGGAUGAUUACCCAUUGUACGCAAGGAUGGUUCCGAGUUGUUAGUUUAGCUGUCUGUCCGUACCUAAGUACUUCUAUUUGCAUAGCUGUACGUGGCAUUGUUUCUACAGUGAAAGGACUUGUUUUCUGCGUUUGAAUUUGGUACUGUACUCUAAAUAUCGUAUUUCGAGCAUCCGUGCAAAA